CCCCAGCCCCCAGCAGCUUCCAAACGCUAUUCUAUACAAAUGUAGCACUCAUGAUUGCACUUGAGCAGUUGCGGCAUGAAUAUGAUACGAAGCGAGCGGGUUGUGACGCGGGCAAGCGAUUCUGCAAACGACUAGCUCUUCAGUGCGAAACUCCGCCGUUAGACAGUAUUUUCACGAGGGCUGAAAAGUACGCCAUGACCGCUUGCGUCAACGCGCGAGCGCCUUGUCGCCAGGUUGACCGUUGCGACAGCGCGUGGUACCUGCCGCCACGCCACGUCUUUGAUGUGCCAAGGGCCCAGCAGUCUAGGCAUUGGAGCCUUUGCUAGCACUGACAGCAGUGUCAGCAGCUCUGCGAUGAGCGGCUUUCCGAUUCGGGACCAGCUGCUGGCGCGGGGCCCUGUCCAGCCGGGCGGCACGACCACCCCGGGGCGGUCCCCGGGCGCGGCAGGGAAUGCGGCGUCGGGCCAGCAGCAGCAGAAGCAGCCGGAGCGCCGCAGCGAGCCGCAGCCGGCGGCUCAGUCCAUGCAUCAUGGCGGCAGCUUCUCUGGCUACAUGGAACUUAAGGUCCAGAAGCUGCGUGAGCAGUACGACGCACAGCAGCUGCAGCACGCCGCCGCCGCCAAGUCGGACAUAUUCCGGGGCGUGUCAAUACACGUCAACGGCCUCACCAACCCUUCGCACGCGGAGCUGAAGCAGCUCAUGGCGCUGCACGGCGGCCGCUUUGAGAACUAUCUGUACCGUGACGCGGUGACCCACAUCGUGUGCGCGCACCUGCCCGACACCAAGAUCAAGCAGCUGGCCAAGGAGCGGAACCCCAUCCCACACGUGCGUCCCGAGUGGAUCGUUGCAUCCAUCGCGGCCGGCCGCCUGCUGCCGAUAACGGACUUUCAGUUGGACACGCUGACGGGUGCGCUCCCGCGGCAGCGGCGGCUCUUCGACUUCCGGCGCCACGAGGCCCCUCAGCUGCCGCCAGAGGAGCUCUACCCCGCACUGGCCGAGCGGCGGGCGGCGGCGGCGGGCAGCGCAGGCACGGCCGCGGCAGCGGCUGCAGGAGGAGGGGAAGCAGGAGGAGGGGAAGCAGGAGUCGGCCCAGCAGGAGGAGCAACCGGGGCGGGAGCAGACGAAGGAGCGGCACCGGUGGAGGCGGCGCAGGAUGAUGAGCGGCGGCGGCAGCAGCCGCAGGGUGGGGAGCCCGAGUCGGAGCCUUUCCAGGAGCAGGAGGAGGCUGUUGCGGAGUGGGAUGAUGGAUGGGGCGGCGGGGCCAUAGGCGGUGUGGAGGAUGGGGGGGCGUGGGGGUGCGGGCAGCGGGAGACGCCGGAGCGGCUGCAACCGGCGGCGGAAGGGACGGCGGAGGGGACGGGGGAGGGGGCGGCUCUGGACAUUGGGCCUGGGCUGGGAGGCUGGCCUCAGGCCCCAGGGCCGGCGGAGCCCCUAGCACCCCUGGCGUCCUCACCUGAGGGAGCAGCUGUGCACGCCGCUGGUGGUGGUGCUGCUGGUGGUGGUGGUGGUGGGCAGCCGGCGCCACAGGGGCAGCAGCAGGGGCCGGGCCCGAGCGGGUACGGCAGCGGCGGCUAUGGUGCCGGGUACGCCGCGGCAGCCAUGCCGCAUCGCCCACAGCAGCAGCACCCUCACCCGCAACACCACCAGCACCACCAGCACAGUCCCACCCACCAUCCCGCAGCAGCAGCAGCGGCAGCAGCAGCUGCAGCGGCAGCAGCGGCGGCGGCAGCAGCAGCGGCCGGCCCUGGCACUGGGCCUGGGCCUGAGCCUUACGGCAGUGGCGACGCAGGCGCACAGGCAGCAACAAGCCCCCCUGGGCAACCCGCACAGGCGGCCUCGCCGGCGCCGCCGCUGCAACCGGGCCAGUCCCCCCGUGCGCACAGCGUGAGCCCAGGAGGCAGCGGCGGCCGCGGCCGCAGCGGCGGCGGCGGCGGCGGUGGCGGCGCGGCGGGGGUUGACCCGGAUGCUGCUGCCAACGCUCGGGCUCAGGAGGUGGCGGCGGAGCUGCGUGCUGCUAGUGACGCGGUGAAGGGGCCACCCAGGUCCACGCGCACCGACCCGCGCUUCAUGGAGACGUUCUUCCGCAACAGCCGCCUCCACUUCAUCGGCACCUGGCGCACACGCAUCGAGGCGCUCAUGGCAGAGGUGGAGGCGGCGGCGCCGCAGCCGCUGCCGCCGGCGGCCAGGGGCGCCGAGCGCGUUGUCCUGCAUGUGGACAUGGACUGUUUCUUCGCCUCGGUGGCGGCUGUGGGGCGGCCCGAGCUGGCGGGGCGGCCGCUGGCGGUGUGCCACUCCAACAGCGGCAAGGGCACCGGCGAGGUGUCGUCCGCCAACUACGUGGCCCGCUCGUACGGCAUCCGUGCCGACAUGUUCAUGGGCGAGGCCAAGCGGCUGUGUCCGGACCUGGUGGUGCUGCCGUACGAGUUCGACAAGUACCAGGCAGCCUCGGAGAAGGUCUACCGCAUCCUCAUGGCCUACAGCUCCUGCGUGCAGCCCAUCUCCUGUGACGAGGCCUUCCUGGACGUCACCGGCCUCCUGCCGCCCGCCUCCACCUUCCCACCCGCCGCCGCCUCCACCGCCCAGCCCCAGCCUCACACGUACGGCGACCCGGCGGAGGCGCUGGCGGCGCGACUGCGUGCCGACAUCGCCGCCGCCACCGGGUGUACGGCUUCUGCCGGCAUCGGGCCCAACAUGCUGGUGGCACGACUGGCUACACGCCGUGCCAAACCCAACGGCCAGUUCCGGGUGCCACGGGGCGGCGUGUUGGACUUCCUGGCGGAUCUGAGAGUGGACCAACUGCCGGGUGUGGGGUGGUCCACUGCGGACAAGCUGGACAAGAUGGGCAUCACCUCCGUAAGACAGGUGUGGGGCACCUCCCGCACGCAGCUGCAGAAGGCUCUGGGCGCCAAGCUGGGGUCAGACCUGUGGGCGCACGCACACGGCCAAGACGAGCGGCGGGUGGAGCCGCCCAAGGCGCGCAAGUCCGUGGGCGCCGAGGUCAACUACGGCAUCCGCUUCACUACGGAGGAGGAGGCGGAGAGGUUCAUGGGCGACCUGGCGGCGGAGGUGGCGGCGCGGCUCAAGACAGCGGGCGUCAAGGGCCGCAGCCUGACGCUCAAGGCCAAGCGGCGGCUGGCAGGUGCGCCCGAGCCGGCCAAGUUCAUGGGGCACGGAGCCUGCGACAACAUCAGCCGCUCCAUGACCCUAGGCCGCUUCACGGACGACGCCGCCGACCUGCGCCGCGAGGCCGUGGCGCUGCUGCGCGCGCUGGCGGUGCCGGCGGCGGAGCUGCGGGGGCUGGGCCUCACCGUGAGCCGCCUGGACUCCGACCCCGCCGCACACACCUCACGGCCCUCCGCGCCCGCCGCCGCCAAGCUGCAGGCGCCGCCGCGUCGCGCCUUCGACGCCUCCAAGCCGCCGCCGUGGGUGCAGUACUUCCAGCGCCAGGCGGCCAGGCAGCAGCAGCAGGGGGAGGAGAAGGGGGAGGAGGGCACGGAGAAGGUUGGGGAGGACCCGCAACAGCCUGAGGAGCAGCAGGAGGAGCCUGAGCUGAUGCAGCUACAGGCAGGCGCAAACGCAGGCGGUGCUGCUGCCGGCGGCGGCAGCACCGGCGGCUACGCGACGCCUACGAAGUCGUUGGCGACUUCGCCACCUGGCGCGGCCCGCGUGCGGCCGCCGCGACCGCCGCAGCAGCCGCAGCCGCAGCAGCAGCCGCAGCCGCAGCAGCAGCAGCAGCAGCAGCAGCAGCAGUCAGGCGCAGCUGCGGCGGCGGUGGACGUGCCAAGCUGGUACGCGGGGAUGUAUGGGCACGGCAGCGGCAGCGGACGUGCCUCGCUCACGCCGGCGCAAGGGCUGCAGAAACAGCAGCAAAGGUUGGGAACUGGUUCGGCGGCGCCGGCGGCGGCGGGACUGGACGGCACCCACUCGCGCUCGCCAUCACCAGUUGCCGCGGCCGACGUACCAGCGUCGGGGGCGGGGGCGGGGCCAGGGGCGGCCAAGGUCGCCGUCACGGCAACCGCCCGACCCCCUCCCCAGGGCCGCUCACGUCUACACCCCGUGUUUGCAGCCCUCCUGGCACAGCCAUCGCCGCCGCCACAGCUACAGCCACAGCUACAGCCGCAGCUACAACCGCAGCCACAGCUACAGCCACCGCUUUCUGCAGCAGCUCCCGCCACAGCACAGGCUGCUGGCGUGUCGGGGCUGCAGCGGGAUGGGGUGGGGCGGCAGGCGGCGGCUGGGGCACUGGCGGCAGGUGUCGACGUGGACGCCGAUGCGGACGUGGACGUGGACGCGCGCCCUCGCAAGCGCCGUAGGUCCCUGAGUGACGUCGAGCUGGGGCAGCACCAGCAGCACCAGCAGCACCAGCAGCAGCAGCAGCAGAAGCGGCCCCAUCAGGUUGUGGAUGAGGAAGAGGAGGAGGUGGCGGAGGCCGAGGUGCUGGAGGUGUGGGCGGAGGGCAGCGGCCGCCCGGAGGGCCACCAGGGCGGUGAGGGCGGCGGGGCGGUGUCGCCCGGCCCCGCCAGGUCCGGUGCUGCCGGGCGUGUCCCGGCGCCGGCCUCGGGUCGCAGCCGCCUGGGGCCGCCACCAACCCCACCCCCACCCCCACCCGGGGUCGCCGCCGCGCAGAAGGCCCCAGCCGCAGUAGCCGCAAGCGCCACGGCGGCCACGGCGGCCGCAGGAGACACAGGUGGAGGGGUGGACGCGGUGGCGGACCGGCCCGCGCGUCGGCGGAGCCUGUUUGGAGGCGGGGGUGGAAGUGGAGGUGUAGGUGGAGGUGGAGGUGGAGGUGGUGGGGCCGGGGCACGCGGAGCCGCUGCAGGCACGCUGCAGCCACACCCCAGGCCGCCGGUGCCGAUGCCGUCAGCCUCCGCGGCGUCAUCGGGCCUGAGCGCCGGCGGUGGCGUCGGCCGCGCCGCACCGGCAGCCCUUCGAGCCUCGGCGGGUGCGGCGGCGGCGGCGGCGGGUACGGCGGGCGGCGGCGGCCGGCCCCAGGCCUCUGGAGCCAGCCGCGGCGGCGGCGGCGGCGGCGGCCCCGCGUGCUCAGGCCCACAGGUGGACUCCAUCGAUCUGUCCCUGGACGUGGAUGACGAUGAUGCUGAGGUGGUGGAGGUGGAGGAGGUGGUGGCGGAGGGUGGCGGCGAGGUGGGCGGCGCGGCAGGGCCCGGGCCAGGGCCCGCGCUGCGCGGACGCAGUCACAGCAGGCUGGGCCGUGCGGGCGGCGGCGGUGCGCGGGCUGGGGCUGGUGCGGCUGGUGCAGCGGUGGCGGCGGUAACGGCGGCGGCGGCGGCGGCGGCGGCUCAGCCGACGCGCUCCACGUCAACUGUGGGAGGUGCGGGCGGCGGCGGCGCCAGCAUCACGACGUCAGCGGCGGGGGCGGUGUCGACGGGGGCCGGCGGGAGCACCGGCGCAGGCGGGGGCGGCGGCGGGGCCGCCGCGGCUGGGGGUGUGAUGUGGGGCAGGCUGCUGAUGCAGCGCCCGCCCGCACCGCCGGCGUCAGCACGAGCCGGAGCCGGCGGCGGCGGCGGCGGUGGAGGCGGCGGCGGUAGCCGCGCAGCCGCUGGCCGCGGCGCCGGCGCCGGAGCCGGUGCUUCCGCCGGCGCCAGCAGGGCUGGCAACGCGCGUGCUGCAGCGGCCCGGGGCGGCCGGGGCGCGGCAGGACGCGGGCGCGGGGGCGCCGGGGCGGCGGCGGCGGCGGCGGCGGCGGCGGCGCCGGUGCGGGCUUCUCAGAUCGACCCGGCGGUGUUGGCGGAGCUGCCGCCGGACGUGCGGCGGGAGGUUGAGCGGGCGUACGGCCUGGCUCCUGCUGCACAGGCACCGGCUGGGGGGCAGGCGCCGCCGCGGCCCGCCAAGCGCAGCCGCUUGGCCCAGUCUAGCGGGGCUGGGGCUGGUGGUGGGGCUGGGGCUGCGGGUCCAUCCAGGGCGGCAGGACAGUCGGAACCGGCAGGCGCAGGCGCAGGCGGGAGCGGGGGCGCGGGUCGGUCCAGACCGGCGGCCGUGGCGCCACAGGCGGCGCCGCAGGCACCGCCGCCUCGCCGCCAAGCACCGGAGCUGCCGCCGCACCCCGCAGUCCAGGGACAGGCAGCUGCGGCGCCUGCGGCUGCUCUCACGGUACCAGCGGCAGCUGCUGUUGUGGCGGGUGCUGCUGCUGCUGCGGCGGCGGCGGCGGCGGCGGCGGCGGCGGCCAUGCCCAGCAGCAUGUCGCAGGUGGACCUGUGUGUGCUGCGGCAGCUGCCGCCCGAGCUGCAGACCGAGAUCGCGGCAGCGCUGAGGCCCCAGCAGCAGCAGCAGCAACCGCAGCAACACGCAGUGCGCGGUGCAGGUGGUGGGAGCGCGGCGGCGGGGGGCGACGCGGCGGCCCGCCACGGCGGCAGUCACGUGGCGGCUGGCACCGCUGCCGCAACGCGGUCAGAAGCAGGGCCGCAGCCGCCGUCGCGGAAGCGCUCUGCGGCGGCAGCAGGCCUCGAUGCCAGCGGCAGCGCGGGCAGCGCCGGCGGCGGCGGCGGCGGCGGCGGCAGUGGCGGCGGCGGCGGCGGCGGCACUCCUGAUGUGGUGUUGGUGGACAGCACGCCGUUGCCGGCACCGCCGGUGGGCUCGGGCGCCCAGCAGCGCCUGGCCCACGCCGCCGCCCACAUGUUUAUUUUCCGGCCGCCCAGUACCGGCGGCAAUGCCCGCGGCAGCGGCAGCGGCGGCGCAGCCGGUGGCGCAGCCGCCGCCCAGCUGCAGCCGCAGCAGCUGCAGCGGCAGAUGUCGGCGGUGCGGCAGGGGCUGCUGCGGGCGAUCCGGUGCGCGGGCGCCGUCGCGGCCCAGGCAGCGGCAGCGGUAUCCGCUGCAGCAGCAGCAAGAGCAGCAGCAUCGAGGCCUGCACCGGGCUCAUACGGCGGUGACAACGCGGCUGCCGCUGCGGCUGCGGUUGCUGCUACAGCGGCGGCGGCGGUGGACGCGGAGCGGCGCCUGCGGCUGAGCUGCAUGGCGUGUGCGCUGUGGCUGAGCACCGCCGCCGACUGGGACCUGGAGGCGGUGGCGCUCACCCUCAAGCAGGCACUGCGGGCGGCGGCGGCGGCGGCGGCGGCGGCGGCGGCGGCGGGAGGUGGGGCUAUGGGCAAUGCGGGCAGCGCGGCGGCGACUGGAGCAGGAGCUUCUGGGGGAGCGGGUGGCGCGGCGGGGGGGCAGCUGGAGGUCGGGGGCUGGGUGCUGGGUCACGUGCGGCGGGCGGCACGGGCGGUGCAGGCCCACGUGGCAGCCAAGUACGGCUUCGAGCUGAGGCUGCUGUGACGUGCCGUGGUGGAGAGGUGCUGUGUGAGAAGGAGCACCAAGGAAUGUGGCGCUGUGCUGUGUGUGGUGUGGUGGGAGUGAGUACUGGUACACUGGUGAGGGGUGCAAUGAAUGAAGACCUGCAGCUAAGAACGAGGCGAGUACCGUACAAUUACUGCACUGGGGGCGGAGCGAAGGGUUGCCGAGGGACUGCGGGGGUCGGGACCCGAGAGGCAUGCGGCACUGCGAGGCAUUAGGGUGGCAUUGGCGAGGCAUUGGCGAGGCAUUUGCGAGGGACCGCUCACACCUCAGUGACACUGUCACACAGGGUCACAGCGAGUGCAGGGCGGGCUGGCCACGAAGGAGACAGCAAAUGCAGCUUGGGCACCAGCGCUGCGCAGGAAGCCACCCGGAAGGGCACGGGCUGGCACGCUGGGGUGGUCCUGAGUGACCCGGGCACCCCUUCGCAACGUGCGCGUUGCGUCUCCCUUCUCAUGCGGGGCGGGGCUUGUGCCUGAGGACUGGGUGCAGUGGGGUGAGCCAUGAAUGGGUCGGCUGCUCUGGGCUGCUUGGGAAACAUGUCACGCCGAGGCCAGGACUGAGGACUUGCCUUGCUGCAGCCUAGUCACGAGCCC